GACGGUACGGCGAAGAGCUCACCACGGCUCCACGGAUCGAUCGAAACUCUGAGUCCUGUGCGACAUACAGCCUCAUCGGUCUCGUCCAGAGUUGGGCAUUUGGAAAUUUGACAAAGACCACCGCCAUGGCAACGACAUCGACGUGCUGCUUCAACGGAUGCUCGAGACCUGUCCUCUUCCACGGCAAGUGCAAGCUCCACCGGUACAGACAUCACUGCAGCGUGCCUCUUUGCAUGAACCAAGCGUACGCGCGGCGAUUGUGCGUAGCCCAUGGAGGCCGACGCGAGUGCCUCUCGCCAGGCUGCCUUGGCAACGCCCGCAGCCGUGGCUACUGCUGUAAGCACAGCGACAUCAAUGCCAAGACGAUGACCAUUCCUGGCGGAAUGACCCGAAGUCCGCGAGUUGAGCAAGCACACAAGGACCCCGUCGGCGGUCGCAUCAAAGCAGAACACGUCCGCGCAACUGCGGUUCCCGUGCCGUCGUCUUCCUGGAAGGAUACCACGCAGGUUGACGAUCCGACUGCAUGUUUGAACAUGAUCGAAGUCGAAGCGAUGAAGUUUGUGCAGUGCUGGGACGAUGUCGAGAUUGGCGUGAUCGACGGAUUCCUGUCGGAUCUACCCAUGUCCAGCGUGAUGUGGUGCCUGCAGUAGCUCCAGCACCUGUGGCUUCUUUCCGACGUAAUUUAUCCUUUCAUCUCCUCGACCAGCGUCAUCUUUGCCUCCCGCCGACGCUGUCGG